AACGUUAAAAAUUUACGAGAGAUGUAGUCAAACUAAACGUAUGAGCACCCUUUUCAGUCGGGAUAUAAACUGAUUAUGUAAUCGAGAUGGGGAACAAGGUUUCCAGCGCGGAUAGCAAACCCGAAGAGUAUGGCCGAAAUAUGCAAUACCGCUACCGUCAUGCUGAUUUAAUUGGCAGGGGAUCGUUCGGCGUUGUUUACAAAGCCAAAAUUACAAAGCGUGGCAAUUAUAUGGGCGAGGAUACUGUUGCUGUCAAAGUGGUACAUAUCGGCUAUGUCGAAACUGCUCCUGACCAUGACAACUGGGUGGAAGCCGCACAACGACUGCGCAAGCUUACUGAACUGGUUCAUGAGAAUCUCGUGGUUUAUCACAAGGUAUCUAUCACUAAAGCUUCCGGCGGAACCACCAUUGAGCUUGCAAUGAAAUACCACCAAGGUGAUCUUGCUUCUUUUCUGAAAGAAACUGAGAAAACCGAAAACCGUCUGCAUGAUGGUACCAAGCUUAUACAGUUCGCAACCAACAUCGUUCGAGGAUUGGAAUACCUGCAUCAAAAUGGCAUAAUUCAUGGCGACUUAAAACCAGAAAAUAUUCUAGUGCACAUAUCAGAUGAUGGUCAUGAAACGCUUCUGAUUGGUGAUUUGGACGACUUAGUACAAAUGCGCGAAAUCUCAACGUGUUCGGCAGACAUUUCGCAGUUGCGCGGUACGACGCGCUACAUGUCGCCAGAAAUGCUCAAGAAAUUUUCUCAAGAAGGAACAGAGGCACCGGGCAGAAAAACGGAUAUUUGGAGUUUAGGUUGCAUCAUGCUGGAAAUAGAUGAAAGUUUUAAUCGGUUACCUAAAAAUCGACUUACUAAAGAUGGGGAAGUUGUAGAUGGUGCAGGCAACCAAAAGAAUCUCCGAUACGCCAGGCUGAUUAUCGACGGUUUCGUGCCCUUUAUCAGCGAUGAAAUUGAAGAAAAUACAGCAGGUCUCAUCCGUAAUUGCUUGGACCCAGUUAGUGCCAACAGAAUAUCGGCCAAAAAGCUGCUGCAUGAGCUGGAAAAAAAAGAGGUCAUCGUGUUUCUUCUUUACUGUGGCAAUGACGUUCGACAAUCUAUGGUAUUCGAUCCCGCAGUUAGCUCCUUCUGUGCUGAAGACGCACUAAGCAAACCGACCCCCUCAGGUCUGAUGUCGCGUUACUGGCUACAGUUAGCAGCGACGGACACGGAAAUAGUUUUAACUGAAGGAAUAGAUCGCUUUGAAAAUAUUUACGGGAAAUUCACUUUCUGGAAUGUGGGAAAUGGAACGUGUCGUGAGCUGACGCCUUCUGUGGACAUAUUUUUUCACAUGCACCCGAUCGUGGUGAACCAAAAACUUUAUAUCUGGGACUACUUUGAUUCCUUUCAAGAGAUCGAUAUUUUUACUGGCAAUGUUGUACGUCUAAAGGACCCUCCUGCAAUAGCUAGCGAUGGUAACCUCGGAUACAUUCAGACGGUCACAAAAUAUAACGAACAAAUAUUUUAUGCGGCAUUUCCCGGAAUGAACCGGUAUGGUAGCAUAACCAUGCAUCAGUAUAAUACGGUUGCCGAUGAAUGGAUAUCUUUACCAGAUUUGCCGAAAAGGCGUGAUAAAUUUGCAAUGGUCGUUGUGAAACGAUGCCUUUAUAUCGUGGGUGGGGAAGUCGCUGAGGCGCACGGAAUUACUCCUACAGCGGGCUGCAUUCGACUGAACCUGGACACUUCUGUCUGGGAAGACGUUCAACCUCUUGGACGGCCGAGAUAUGACCACGCGGCUUGCGUUAUUAAAGACCGUAUAUACGUCUGCGGCGGUCGACAUUCUGCGAGAGAGCACGCGCUCGAAAUCGAGUUUUACGACACGAAACGCGACGCAGAGUGGUCUAUGGUUAACUUGUCAGAACAGAGUAUCCGCUUGUUAUCCACCUUGGCGGCACGUUGCAAAAAUCAUUAUGACAAUCUAACUGCGGUGCCGGUUAAUCUGGGUACUGAUAUUAUUCCUCUCAGUCCAGACACUAACAACUGACGUUUUCAUCAAACGUUCCCGCUUUUAAGAAACUUGUAGGUGGGUCACGUAGAAUUCUUCGCCUAUUAAAUU